AUGGACUACUACGACUCUUCCUUGCAAAAGGCAAUCCACAAGGUGCAGCCAAGCGACCCCGUCGACCGGAUCUGUCAUAUCUGGACCAAUAUCCUGCAGUACUAUUUUCCCGAACCCAUUAAACAAACUGCAAUGACUGACCUUCCUGAGUUAUUUCCAGAAAUGGGUCUUGUAUUGGGCCUAAUCGCUCUAACCAUCGACAUUUCAAGUGGUCCACUUCGUGGCGCACCGUUCUUCCAUGUCCACGUCCGGGACCCACCCCAUUCGGACCUGGCAAUGUGCUGGGAUGAAGCUGAAAAGGAGAUAAAAUGUGAGUUGAAUGGACUAGAGGUCAAGUCUGGAAUGAAUGUGAUUUAUGCAGCUGUUGUGAUAGGUCCGUAUGUGCGUUUUUAUACGUAUGCAGGCCAGUCUCUCAAGAUCAUCCACUGGACUGAGAGACAGACCCUGCAUGUGGUCCAUGAUCACAAUGAUAUCAUCGAUCAUUUUAAUGUGAUACAAUCUAUUUUUUCCCAUUGA